CCGGCUGAAAUGCGUGUGGCCUGCGGUCUGUGAAAAGCGUGGGACGUAGGAGGCCGUGCGGAACACCGGAGUCCGCCUUUCCGGGGUCGUUCGGCGUCAGGGCCUGCGGGCCGUCCGUCUGGGUCCGGAGAGGAGAGGAGAGGAAGUUGCACGGGGGCGGUUUCUGCACCGGCUUGGAGCUGGACGGGGGCCGCAGGGUCUGCGGGUACCUGAGGGCCUGCAGCCCUCCACCUGGGGGCUCUGGAGCGUUCCUCUGGAUCCCGCCGCUGGGGGGCGAGGCUUUAGGGCUGAUGACAGUACCCACAGCCAUCACUGGUGUUGGGCACAAUCCUAAGCGAUGUGCUUGGUUCCUUACAACAGCCUGCGCGUCUUAAAGGACACCUUGGAAAAAAGAGGAGUAUUAGGGCAGGUAAGAGCAAGGAUUCGAGCUGAAGUUUUCAACGCCCUAGAUGAUGAAAGUGAACCUCCGCCGCCAUUGUCGCACGAAAACCUCCUAAUUAAUGAAUUAAUUCGGGAGUAUUUGGAAUUCAACAAAUAUAAGUAUACAGCAUCUGUCCUCAUAGCGGAAUCUGGUCAACCUGUAGUUCCUUUGGACAGACAGUUUCUUAUCCGUGAACUGAAUGCAUUUGAAGAAUCAAAGGAUAAUACAAUACCUCUUUUAUAUGGGAUUUUAGCUCAUUUCUUGCAUGGAACUAAGGAUGACAUCCAAAAUACAUUUCUGAAACGGUCUUCACUUCAGCCUCCAAACCCAAAUCUUGGCAGACAACCUAGUGGAAGAAAGCAAAUGGAUGACCACCUGAGAAAGGAGAAGGGGAAAAGCACUAAUAUUGAAAAUCCUCAUGUUUCUCCAGCAGUGAAGAGAUGACAUUUCCAUUUAGGGCAUCUUUUAUCUUAAAAUUGUAUGUAUUUAAUAACUUAUUUAUUUUCCCAACAUUACCAAAAGGUAUCACUAAUAUUUGUACUUUGUAGAAAAUUUGAGUUUCUGCAAAACAUUUAGCCUCUCAUGUUUUAUUGCAUUUGUGAAUAAAAGCUAACUCUGUCAUCAGCUUAUUGGAUUUGACUUGAAAGAAAAUAUGUUGUUUUUAGGAAGUAUUUUAAAGGUCGUCACAUUUGUGAGAAAUGAAAGGGUUUUUUAGUACCCUGUACAUUCUUCAAAAAAAAUCCAGGUCUUUAUAGCCAUAUGCUCUGCUCUUUAACAUGACACAUUAGUUAAAUUUCCUUCAGGCUGGAAUUUUGUAGAUUAGUAGGAAAAUUUAUUCAUGUUUUAAAAAAACAUUUAAAAGAACAUUAAAGCCAGAAAAAAUUUAAAGUUUGCUUUUUUUUCUGAUGAGCUAUUUUUCAGAUAACCAUUUAUAAUUAGGUUUAAAUAUCUGAAAUACAGUCUAAAGUUGAACUUAACUGUACUUUUUCUUUCUGUAGACCAUUUUGGCUCUUCUACUGGAAGAUUUAAUUAAAACCUAGAGAGGGAAAUAAUUCUUUUAAUUUUGCUGUAAGUAAAACAAAGAGUUUAUUUUAUUACAUGAAGAAUGUGGAAUAAACAUGAAGAGACAGGCUUUAGGAGAAAUACCAGAAAGUACCUUUUAAAAGAUGGCAUUGUUUAACCUACCCAUGGCAUUUGGUUGUGCAGUUACCAAAUGAGCUAUGAAAGGGCCGACCCCUGCUUAUGUGGGCUCUGAAAGUCUUACUAAACACCAAUUUUUAUUCUUGGGAUAGAAAAAUAAGAAGAGCUCUUAUAGUGCAGUCUUUAGAAUGCUACGUGGAUAUUUCCUAAGGCAUCUUUAUAAUGUGGAGUCUACAGACUGAUUUCACUGAAAACAACUGUUAGACUAGACAGCGCCUGAUGGGCAGAAGUCAUAAGGUAUGUUCAGAACAAAAGUCCAUGGCCGCCUGUACACUGACAACAUGUAGCUGAAACAUUUUCCACGGGGAAGGUGAUAAGGGCCAUAGUUGGUAAAAUUGGCAUUCUCUUCAGUGUAUUGAUUCUGUGCAGCCUUUGGAAAUUAUUGAAACUUUUGAUUUUAUAUUUGGUGCUAGUCAGUGUUCAGUCUACAGAUUAACCAAGGAUUUUUAUCUGAAUGCAGAAAAUUAUUAAAUAAGUCCCCUUAAACCAUACUUUACAAGUAAAGGAUUUUGAGAGGCCCUGUUGGGGGGCUAAAAUUACAUAGAUAGAUGUAGAAGUAUUCUAAGGGCUCAUUUCCAUUUUUCUAAUGAAGUCUAUAGUGUCUGAUUACAAUUAUGAAUUUCUUUGUAUUAUAUGUGGGAAUAUAAAUAUCAAUUCUUCUCAGAGGUCUCGGUUUACAUCCAAGGACGUUGGUAGUGGACGCUAAGUUUACUUCAGGAGUUGCAAUUAUGCAGGACUAGAUUAAGAAAAAAUGCUGGAGUUUAUCAUUUUGGAUACUGAUAUAAAAUCAUCAAAAUAGAAGCUAGACAGAAUUGUCACAUGCAGUCCAUAGUGCUUUUGUAUGCAUUAUUCUGUGACUUGUUUGUACCUGGGCAACUUUUAUACUUUCAAUGUAUCAUUUAAUAAAAAAAAAAUUAGGCAACUCA